AAAAAAAAAGUUAAAACGGGAAAAAACUCAUGUUGAACAGCAGCAACUUCUGGAGGACUUGGCUGUACAGCAGAACAGGGCAUGGGUUCUGGCUUCGGUGACUGCUGGAGUGAUUGUUAACAAAACUGAGGGAGAGAGUAGGGGAGCCGAGGGAGAAACCAGCAGGGAUACGGAGAGAAGGCGGAACAGCCGUGCGAACGCCAGAGAAGACGACCGGAACUUGAGAAUCUGAGAGACGGAACUGAUACGAGCCGAAAAUGAGAAAGAUCAAGGCUGCCGCCGGAGAAACUAUGAGCGACGGCGGAUGCGGGGAGUACAAACACUGCGAGACAGGAAAACGGUACAACCAAAGACGACUAACCCCGGAGAGAGCCGGACAGAGUGAGACGAGAGGGUACCGAGUUGCAGCGGAGAGACGAGCUGUGAGAGGAGCCGUAAAAAACGCACGCCGGACAAGACGCCGAGGAACCGCGACUGAGAUAUGUUGGAACGGCCGGUGUGUGGUCUUUGAGGCCGGAACCUGCGGGAACUUGUUGAAUGUGUGCGGCGGCAGCAAGGUUGCGCCAAGGGUGUGGCGGCAGCAGGACAGCGAGGGCGACGGCGAAGAGAGACAGACCAACAACAGUGGGGGCGGCGCGGCAAGGCAAGAAAGAGAGAGAAAAAAAAUUUAGAACGAAGGAAGAGAAGCACAAAGAUGCCUUUCGACUUCUUCUUUGUGUCCUUGUUCUGCAACGUAGUCGUAGUUUUAGUUCAUGGGCAGAUCCAAACAGGAUUCAUAAGUAUGGAUUGUGGAGUGCCGGAAAAUUUCAACUAUGUAGACAGUGAUACUGGCGUAAGUUACACUUCAGAUGAACCUUACAUAGGCACUGGGGUGAACAAAAACAUCUCUGCAGAAUAUGCAUACCCAAACAAUCUUGCACUGCCACAGCCGCUUUCGGAUCUUAGGAGCUUUCCAGAGGGGAACAAGAAUUGUUACACCUUAACACCCAGAGGAGGAAAUGGCAGUUUAAAUCUGAUUAGAGCUUCCUUCUUGUAUGGUAACUAUGAUGGAGAAAACAGGCUUCCCAAGUUUGAGCUAUACUUGGAUGUUAAUCUUUGGUCUGUGGUGCAAUUCAGCAGUGCUGCUGAUGCUUUUACAACUGAGAUCAUCAGCAUUGCAUCCUCGGAUACUUUAAGCAUUUGUCUUGUGAACAUCGGUUCAGGAACUCCGUUUAUAUCAGCAUUAGAGCUCAGGCCACUAAAUCGUUCAAUUUAUAGUACUGUGUUUCGAAGCUCUGGAUCCUUAGUGCUCUUUGAGAGACUGAACAUGGGAUACUCUAAUGGAAGUGGUCGAUAUUAUGAUGAUACUUAUGAUCGCAUUUGGUCCCCCUGGAGCUCCCCAGCUUGGGAAAAUAUUAGCAGCACUUUAGCAGUUGAUACUAGUGGAAAUGGCUAUGCGGUGCCCCGCGAAGUCAUCACAAGUGCUGUUAGGCCUCGGAAUGGCAAUGAGUCUUUGACAUUGUCUUGGAACACCAGUGAUCCCAAUUCCCAGUUUUACAUUUACAUGUACUUUGCUGAACUGGAGCAGUUACAAAAAAACCAGUCGAGAAUAUUCAAUAUAUCAUGGAAUGGGUCUCCUUUGCUUGGACCUUUCACCCCCCAUUACCUGUAUGCUACCUGUUUGUCAAAUUCAAAACCUCUGGUAGGGAGAGAACAUCAGAUUUCUCUACAUAAAACGGGGGAUUCGACGCUUCCACCCAUCCUCAAUGGAGUUGAGAUUUAUAUGGUGAAACAAUGGGUUGAAUUGCCAACAUAUGUUGAAGAUGUCACUGCUAUAGUUAACAUCCAAAAUGUGUAUAACAUAUACAAAAGCUGGGUCGGUGAUCCAUGUGGCCCAAAGAACUGCUCUUGGGAAGGUCUAACAUGCAGCUACAAUGGUUCAAUUCCUCCUCGGAUUAUUUCCCUAAAUCUGACCUCCAGAGGUUUGAGUGGAGAAAUUGCAGCUUCCAUAGCCAAGCUGUCAUCACUGGAAUUCUUGGAUUUAUCAAACAAUAGUUUAACUGGGUCAGUGCCUGAGUUUCUGGUUGAUCUGCCAUCUCUAAAUUUCCUGAAUUUGAAAGGAAAUAGGCUAUCUGGUUCUGUUCCUACCGCUCUUCUGAAAACGUCAAAGGAAGGAUUACUUACACUGAGUGUGGAUGACCAAAAUCUUUGCAGUUCAGAUUCAUGCAAAAAGAAGAAUACUAUUGCUCCCAUUGUUGCACCAGUGUCAUCAAUCUUGGUCCUAUUUAUUGUUUUGAUUAUCAUAUGGAAACUAAGGAGAAGAAAAAGACAAGCAGUGACAGGUAUAUUUAACAAGGAUGGAAGAUCAUUAGCAUCAAAGAAGCCAGUGUAUACUUAUGCUGAGAUUGAAAGCAUUACCAACAAUUUUCAAAGGGUCAUAGGGAAGGGAGGGUUUGGGGCUGUUUAUCAUGGUCAAUUGAAAGAUGGAACUGAAGUUGCUGUUAAGAUGCUCUCACCAUCUUCAUCCCAAGGACCUAAGGAAUUCCAAACUGAGGCUGAGCUUUUGGUGAGAAUUCAUCACAGGAACUUGGCCUCCUUCAUUGGGUAUUGUGAUGACAAAAACAUGGCCCUUGUCUACGAGUACAUGGCUAAUGGCAACCUCAAGGAUUAUCUCUCAGCUAAAAGCUCACAUUUAUUGAGUUGGGAACAGAGACUUCGAAUAGCAAUAGAUGCUGCACAAGGACUGGAGUACUUGCAUAAUGGAUGCAAGCCGCCUAUAAUACACAGAGAUGUGAAGACAGCCAACAUACUCUUGAGCAAAAACUUGCAUGCUAAAAUAGCAGAUUUUGGUCUUUCCAAGGUCUUCCCCAAUGAUGAUAGCCUUACCCAUGUAUCAACUGCAGUAAUGGGCACAAGGGGAUAUCUUGAUCCGGAGUAUUGCAUUUCUCAAAGGCUGAAUGAGAAAAGUGAUGUUUAUAGUUUUGGGGUUGUUCUCUUAGAGCUAAUUACAGGCAAACCCGCCAUCAUCAGAAAUAAUGAGCAAAUCCACAUAGUUCAGUGGGUGAGUCCUCUGCUUGAAAUGGGGGAAAUAAGAAGCAUUGUUGAUCAAAGAUUGCAAGGAGAAUUCAAUGUGAACUCAGUGCGGAAAGCCUUGGAAAUUGCAAUGGCAUGCACCACAUCCUCUUCCACCCAAAGGGUCCCAAUGAGUUUUGUGUUAACAGAGCUUAAGGAUUGUUUGGCUAUAGAGUUGGCAAAGGGAAGUCUUGGAUUAAGAGAAGAGUUCUCUGCUACUUCGAGUAAUUCAACUGAAGUGUUCUCCACUGAUACUACAGACUCCAUGACUGUUCCAUCAGCUAGGUAGUGAAAGGAAGCUACACUAGCUGGUUCUAAAGGGCAGCUGGGUAUUAAAUUAUCUGAUACAGUAAAGAAUUCUUUAAGAGCAGAAAAUAAUUUGGUUCUUAGUAAAUUAGUAAUUUAGUCUCUUUUUUUUUUUUUCUUUUUUUUUUUGUGGGCUAGUGUCAUUGUUACCCAUGUGUUCAUAGUACAGUGUUCUUUAAAAACAGAAAGUAUAAUUUCAACUGUUGGAAUACUGGCAGAAAAUGGAUUCCACCUUUUAAGCAUAGAUAAGGAAAACUAUUGAUUUGUUUUGUUUUCA